AUGGCGGCAGCCGGAGGAGGAGGGUUAGGCACGGGAGGCAAAAUCCGGAGCCGGCGGUACCACCUGAGUUCUGGAAGGACCCCGUACACCAAGAACCGCCCGCAGAACCAGCAGGGCAUCAUUAGCCGAGUUAAAGAUACAGUAAAAAGCAUAGUUCCAGUAUGGUUACAAAAAUAUUUUAACAGCGUGGAAGAGGUGCAUGAGGUUGCUCAGCACACUAAUGAACCAGAGGAGCACGUGGAAACGCAGAAUGAUGUUGAAAAUGACCAUUUUGAAGAUAGGGAGUCUCUCCCACUUUUUGGGAGGGCCGCCCCAGAACCUGUUAGGAUCCAGUCUGACCCAACCACAAAUCAGAUGAUGAUGAAUAUUCCUGAUGUACUAACAAGACCUUCAUUACAUCGGGCCAAUCUAAACAUUAAUAUUUUGGACUCUCCUGCACUUAAUUGCCAGCCUUCUACUUCUGGGUUUUCACUAGUUAAAGAAAUUAAGGACUCUGCCUCUUUGCAUGAUGACGACAAUAUUUCUACAACCAGUGGUUUUUCUUCUCGGGCAUCUGAUAAAGAUGUUGCUGUUACAAAAACUGGGAAUGUUCCAUUACUGUGGUCUCCUGAAGCUGAUCGGACACAUAAUGUUUCACAAAACUCGUCUUUCAAUUCGAAGAAACCUGCAUUUAAUCCAUCAGCCUUUUCCUCAUUUUUACCUAAUUCAAGUCGACUUGGAGAUUCCCCCUUUUAUCCAGGCAAGACAACUUACGGAGGUGCAGCUGCAGCUUGUCAGUCCAAGGUCCGCAGCACUCCAUAUCGGGUACCAGUGAAAAAACAAGUUGUGGCAAAACCUGCCCAUGUUACAUAUGGCGUAACAAGUCUAGCUGCACGUCGCAUACUGCAAUCCUUGGAGAAAAUGUCAAGCCCAUUGGCUGAUGCGAAGAGGAUACCGUCAGUGUCUUCUGUUUCGCCAUUGGCACCAGAGAGAAGUUUUUCAGGAGAAAAGUUUUUCUAAAAGAAAGAAGGUGGAUUCAUCCCUCCCCCCAGUACAGAAGCUUGUUACACCGCAGUCCAUUUCUGUAUCUUCUAGUCUGAGGAAAAUCAGGCCUUCCCUUUCAUCCAUGCAGAGCAAUGCAAACAGUUGCAGAACACAAAGUUCUGACAAGCACAAAGGGAAAGGAAAUCAUGAACCUGAUAUAAUACCCCAGCAAACAAGUUUUUCUUACCCCACCUUCAGUACCCCAGCGUCAAAUGGCUUUGGUUCAACAAAAGGUGGAGGCAAAAUGAUGAGGGAGCGAGGGUCCACAAAGCCAUCAGAGGAGGAGGUAGAGGUUCCCUGUCUACCUGCAAUUCCCCUGCCAAUAAGCAUGACUGCGCUUCCAAAAUUUAGUUUGAACACCGAACAGAGGACUUCGCCACUUUCUGUAAGACAAGCAGUUUCUAAUAAGGCAAGUGAUGAGGUGAAGAUUUGUGAAAAGCCAUGUACGAUUUCUUCUGAUGCUCCAGACUUUAACUUCUCAAAGCCAGUUGUGAAAGCUGUCAGCUCCAGCGAAGAGCCGACUACAUCUCCAGUGGGUUUCACUUUUAGAGCACCAGCUUUAAAGACAUCUUCACCGCAUGAAAAUACUAAAUCCAUGCUUAGCAGUCCUGAAAUCCCAUUGAAAGUGAAGUCACCUAUUACGAUAAAUAGUAGCAGCACAAAGAAGGCUGAGGAAGAACAAGUGACAUUUUGUAAACCUGCACAAUCAUUAAAGGCAGGAAGUGUGCUAGAUAUCCUGCGGAGCCCAGGUUUCCAGUCUACAAGUUCUCAGCAAACCAGAACGUCUCCCGCUAAAAGUGCAGUUUCCAGUCCAAAGCCUUUGACAUUUGGGCAGAAGAGCAAACAGGCCUUGGGAAUAUGGUAUUGUGAUUGCUGCUUGCUUGAGAACAAGGCUUCGGACAAUAAAUGCAUAGCUUGCAGUACCGUCAAAGACCAAGCUAUGGAGGUCACAAAGCAGUCUACUACUUUGGCAACAACCACACCUUCUAAAAACACAUCUCCUUUGAAAUGUACGUUAGGAUUUGGGGACAAGUUUAAAGUGGCUCCUGGGACAUGGGAUUGUGAUACCUGUUUAGUACAGAACAAACCAGAGGAGACAAAAUGUGUGGCUUGUGGAUCUCCAAAACCUGGAACUGGGGCAAAAGAUCCCUUGCUUGUUCUUCCUACAACAAAGCCAGAUAAACCUGUUGCACCCCCUGACAGUGGCCUUACACUAUCGCCAAGUCUUAAAUUUGAGGAACUAGCCAGAAAGCCGUUAGGAUCAUGGGAAUGUACAGUAUGUUGUGUACAGAAUAAAGCAGAAGAUAACAAGUGUGUGGCCUGCACAUCUCCUAAGCCAGGUGUGUCAACUGCAACUACAUCCUUUCCAGCCUCUCUGCCUGCUACCCAAGGGGAACUACAAGGUUUUGGAAAGACAUCCUUUUCUUCAGAAUCUACAUUUCCACCUGUUAAGUUUGGACUGCCUCCAUCAAGUGACCCUGGAGAACAGAAAUCAAGUUCUUCCACGGACUCCUCAAGUACAAAUAAAGUUAGCUUUUCUUUCACGUUUGGUCAAACUUCUAAAUCAUUAGAUGAGAAAGAUUUCACAUUUGUACCAACCACUGGCAAUAGCAACACUGUUUCAACACCUUUUCAUUAUGGCUUUACUAGUUCUGCUUCUGCAGAGAAGGAUAGUGGUGUUAAAUUGAAAACUGACUUCCAAUUUGGCACAGCUCCUUCCAAACCUGAGAGCUCUAGUAAUUCAAAUCUGCUUGCUCUGUCCGCUAAGGAAAAAUCUGUCAUCACACCAUCGUUUGUUUUAAAGGAGCCAGAGGAGAAAAAUACAGAGACUCCUGUGGUAAGUGGUUUCACAUUUGGUAAACUAGACCAGAAGGAAGCAGCUUCAUCCUUUGCUUUUGGGAAAAACGAAGAGAAAACUGAAUCUACCCCAGCUGCAACCUCCAUAUUUGGUUCCAAAAGUGAUGGAGAACAGCCAAAGACCUUUAUGUUUGGUAAACCUGAGUCAGGCAAGGCUGAUACAUCAACGCUUGGCACAUUUGGAUUUGGUGCGCCAAAUCCUGCAGAAAAGAAGGAAGCUGAUCAGCCAGCAAAACCAGUCUUUGCAUUUGGUCCUUCUGCCACAGAAACAGGCUCUUCAAAACCAGUGUUUGGCUUUCAAGGGAAUGGAUCCUCGAGUGCCCCUCAGUCUAGUAGUAUUGGAAGUUCCAGCAGUGUAUUUGGCAGUGUUCCUCAGACAAGUUCUAGUAAUGUAUUUGGCAGUGCUGUACAGUCCAACACUGCUGCUCCAGCCGGUGGUACCCCUGCACCUUCUAGUACAGUCUUCAGCAGUGCAACGUCAUUGACCGCAUCUUCAGGUACUAGCAAUGUGUUUGGUGGGGCCUUGUCUUCGAACAGCCCUGCAGGUUCUAACAGUAUAUUUGGAAGUGUUCCAGCUUCAGGGACUUCAACCACUUCCAGCAUUGUCUUUGGCAGUGUGGCCUCUGUGAAUACAUCAAGUUCUAGCAAUGUGUUUGGAAGUGCGGCUCCCACAAACACUUCGGCAAAUUCCAAUACUUUAUUUGGCAAUCCAAGUACAUCUACCAACCCAUCCAGUGUACCCUUUGUGUUUGGGCAGCCUACUACUACUACUACAGCAGGUGGCUCUAUGUUUGGCAGCGGCAAUGAAUCCAAGUCGACGUUUGGUUUUGCUGGCCAAGAGAGUAAACCAGCAGAAACGUCUGCAAGUACAGCUUCAGCUGCUGUUACACCUUUUGUGUUUGGUGCAAAUGCUUCAACACCAGCUGCUUCUGGCUUUAACUUUGGCGGGACAAAUACCUCCAAUUCAACAGGUACCAGCUCAACACCGUUCGUCUUUGGAGCAGGUCAGUCAGCCCCAGCUGCAUCUGGUCUUGCUGCUACCAGUUCUGUACCAACAUUUGGGAAACCUGUUGCUCAGACUAAUGCCCCAGCUUUUGGUGCACCUGCGUCAGCUUCAUUAUUUCCCCCUGGUUCUCAGACUGUUCCAAGUUUUGGAUCUUUGUCCAGUAAUGUACAGUCCCCAGCUUUUGGACAGCAAAGUACGCAGCCUUCUUUUGGAUCUGCUACUGCUCCCCCUUCUGCUGGUUCUUUUCCGUUUGGAGGUACAAACUUCAACUUUGGUAAUGCAGGCUCAACAGGAGUAUUUACUUUCGGUUCUGGUGCUAAUCCAGCACAGCCUGCAAAUCCUGGAUUUGGAUUUAGUCAGGCGGCAUCAUUUAAUAUGGGGAGUAAUGGGAAGGCGUCAACCCCAUCUUCAAUCUCUAAUCGAAAAAUUAGGACUGCUAGACGAAGAAAAUAA